GCAAUGAAUAAAUAUAAACUUUCGCAUAAAACUUAAUAAAAUUAAUAAAUAACUGGAUUCUGCGCUGUUACGCGCAGCUUGUUGAUGAGUUAAAGAUUGCGAUGCGAUUUUCUCAGCUGCCGUCACACGCCCGGAAUGCGGAAGAGACAAGUGCGUUCACGCCUUGCAAUCGACACCACAACAUGCAAAACACAUACGCUUACCAAAUAGCGGAAAUAAUUUAAAAAACAAUUUCAAAAACAAAUUAAAUUAGUAAAAUUAAAUUUAAAUUAAAAAAAAUAUUUUUCAGACGAAGAUUGGAAUGCUGAUCAGGAUACAGGCCUAUACCUCAUCGAUCAACCAACGUAUCCAUCACCAGUACCCAAAUAUGAUUAUCGUGCCGAACAAAGGAAACCCCGUCAAUUCGAUCAGAAAGUCACUCGGCAACAUCUCGAGGAGCACAUCCGGAAGAAACUCGAGCAGAGGAAUAAAUACCACGGGCAGGAAUCUUUCAAUUACAAAGAGGAUUCGUCAUCGUUGAAUCGCAAUCAGUACAGGAACGAGCGUAAUAUGUCCAAGAGUCCUGAAUACAAGGAUUACAAACAGGAUUAUGGUGAUUACGACCGAAAUGGACGGGAGUAUAAUAGAGAUAAUAGAGAUAGAGAUUAUCCUGAUAGAUAUUAUGAUGUUGAGGAUACGUUGAAGAGUCAACAAGGCCGUUCCGAUAAUUUCAAUAUGAAGAAUAAUUCACGUGAAGGGAGGAAUUCACGUGAGAUAGUUGAUCGGUAUCAUAAUGAUAGACAUAUUGAACGUUAUCCGGAAAGAUCUGAUAAACAUAAAGAUCAUAAGGAUAGGCAGGAUAGACAGGAGAGGCAGGAUAGGCGCAGGGAAGUAUCAAGUCCGGAUGAAGAGGAGACAUUCCAGGAUAAUUUUAGUGUGCUACAUUUUUCUCCAAGGGAGAGGUUUAAUGACGCCAAGGAGAAGUUUUUGUUACUUGAGAAGAAGACUAGUGGGAACUCUCAGGACUUUUUUACUAGGGAAAUGCCUAUUUCUCCUAAUAUUUCUAAGGAUAAAAGAAACUCAAGAUAUUAUGACGAUGAACCUAUACCAGCACCCAGAAACUUCAAAUCCUCCCAAGAUGAACGUAACCCAGAACGCAGGACCAACAACUCCCGGGGAAGCCCCAAGCCCCCUCGAACGAUACAGAUCCAGCCAACAAAAAGUAGACAAAUACGACGUUAAAAGAAGAUCCAUGUUUAAUUUAUCCACAUCAACAUCACCCAACGACAGGGAUAACAAUUACUACCCUGAAAGAUAUUCCGACGACAGAAACAAUCGAGACAACCGGGACAACCGAGACAAUAGAGACACAAGAACAUUGAAUAAAGAAUACAAACGAAGAUCCUACAUGGAUCAAAGUUAUCAACCUGAAGACGAUGGUUUUGAUGAUCCUCCAGUACACGCCCCAAGAAUGAAAAACACAAAGGAAUUCAAAGAACGUGAAAAAUAUCAAAAUUGGGAUAACAAUCCACGAGACACAUCCGAUCGUCCUGAUUUCCGUGAUGGACGUGAAGGAGUCCGUGACAUGCGUGAAAUACGUGAAUCCCGAGACGUUCUCAUGCGUGAAAAGGAAAUUCACGCCAAACCAACGCUAUAGGAAUAGUUAUGCAGAGCCUAGUAUCCAUCAGGAUAACCGGAAGUAUCCUGCGAAUAACGGUAGGACACGAUUUGAUAUCCUGCACAGGACGAAUUCGACUGUGUCGAAUAAUGGUAGGGUUGGCAUUGCCAGUGUACAUCCCUAUUGAAUUGUUUUUAUUAGAAUAAUAGAGUUUUACUACGCUUAGAAAUUAAUACACAGAAAUUUAUCGGUUGCUGGAUGUUUUAAAUGUUUAAAUUAAUCGGGAUCUGUACAUAAUACUUGUAAACGAAGGUUUUGAAUCUUUCAAGGUGCUAACAGUUAAUAGUUAUUUAUAUUAAUAUUAAUAUUAAUAUUAUAUACAAUGUGUUUGCUCAUUUAUUAAUGAAUAAUUGUAUUUUUUUAAUUUUUAUUUUAUGAGUUUUGAGUAUUUGAGGAUAAUUUAAUUAGAUGAUGGAGAUGUUGUUAUGAUGGAGGUAAUUAACACAAAUUUGAACUAAUAUAUUAUUGCCAUUUAUUUUAUUUAUAUUUUUAAUAUAUUGAUUUUUAAUGGAAUAAUAUGCGUAUGAGGAUGAUUAUAAUAUAUAAAGUCAUAAUUCUAUGAAUAUAAACAAAUCAAAUUACUAUUUUAUUAAUUGUAACUCUUUUUAUAAUAUUAUUACAAAAUGUACAUAAAUAUUUCAAUAAAAUAUAUUAAAAUCC